ACCGGAAGCAGCAGGUUGGAGGACGGAGGGGCUGGAUUCACGGCGUCAUCCCGCUGUCUGUCUCGUCUCUUCGAUGCUUUAGCCCGGCGGGACAAGUAUGGCUUUGACCCAGGAGUCUCUUCUGACUUUUUUGCUGGAACGUGGAGGCAAAGUGAAGAACUCGGAGCUGCUGAACAGUUUCAAAAGUCUCUUUAGCUGCAGCGAUCCCGCGGAGAAGCAGCACAAUAGAGACCGCUUCAAGGCGCUGGUGAACAGCGUCGCUGUGGUCAAGCAGAUCGACGGGGUGAAGUUCGUCGUGGUGAAGAAAAGGUACCAGGAUUUUGUGAAAGAUGUGGCGCCGAACCUUCUUCAGCAGAUGGAUCGUAGCGGCUCGGGUCCAGCCGAGACCCUCUCUGAGUCCAGUUUUUGCCAGAAGAUUGACUCAGAUGCUGAAAACAAUAACGUCAUGGUGCAGAAAGGGGGGCCAUCAAAUCCGGAUUUUACCACGGUGAAAAUCCUGAAUAUCUGUGGAGAUCAGGCGGGUAAAUCCGGAGCAGUUUUUGCUCUUGUUGCAGUCAAAUCCCCACCUAGAGAUCUGCACGAACCACCCCACCAAGUGCAGAGAAGUUGUUCAGAUUACAGGUUGGAUUCAUCAAAGAGAGCCCAGUGUUGGAGGUCAGAGGUCAUUGAUAACACACCUAGACAAGCAGAAGAAGCUACGGACUCUGUGCCUUUGGAGCCACUGGCUCAUGAGUGGCUGGUGAAGUGUGCUGCUGGACUUUGGGGACACAUCCAUGCUUUGCUGCUGCGAGACACCCGCCUGGCCCAGAAGAGGGAUUUCAUGUCGGGCUUCACGGCUCUACACUGGGCCGCCAAGGAUGGCAACUGCGGCAUGAUCCAGGAACUCAUGGCGGUCUCCAGAAAAAGAGGCACUUUUGUGAACACCAAAUCCCACGGUGGAUACACGCCUUUGCACAUUGCAGCCAUGCAUGGGCACACUGAGGUGAUGGUGCUGCUUGUGCAGAGGUACCGGGCCAGUAUAAGUGAGAGGGACAACGAUGGGAGGAAAGCCGUCCACUAUCUGGAGAAAAGUGCUUCAAUGGAGCUCAGAGCACUUCUGGGAGGACAGGACAAGACAGACGAGGAAGAGGAGGAGUACAAGGGGCAGGCAAAAAGCUUCAACACAAUUAGUAAACUGUUCCACCCUCACAUGGGGAAAAAGCAUAAAACAAGCAAAUCAGUACACGAGUGGUCAUAGACUCAUCUUAAAGAAUGUAGUUAUUGCAACUGUAUUGCAGAACUUACAACAGUGCAUCACUGUUAACGUACUUCUAAAAUUUAAAAAAGUUGUUUUACUUUCUCUUUAACCUGUAAGCGUCAACUUGAAUUUCAUAUUUUGAUAGUGUACAAAAGUACAGUGUCCAGUUUGAAAUAGGCUGUGUUACACUUGCAGCAAAAAAACAAAGCUUUUCAUGCAGGACAUGGCAACGCGGCCUUGGAUGAGGUCAGUUAUGCAAAGUAUGCGAGCAUGUCGGUGACUGCUGGAAUGCUUCCUUUAUCUGUUUUCUCUUUGAACUGAGACCUCAUUUUGUAGGUUUUUUGGACUGUGUUAAUACAAAACAGUUAUUUUUAACAAUUGUUUUUAGAUCGAUCAAGCAUUAAAUGAGAAUAAAAGGAAAAUGUACUAAUUAAACUCAACUUGGGUUACUUGUUAUCUUAUGUUAACAAGAUAUUUUAAUUGUACUUUUUUGUGCAUAUAAAAUAUAGUCUUAUUAGGUUUAAUCCAGGGGCCUGCAAACUUCAACACUGAAAGAGCCGUUCUGGUUGACACAAAAUCUUAUUAAAUUCUUUAGAAAAAUAAGACCCUGAUUUAUAUUUUCAUUAUUGUUACUACAUUUAAGUAUAAAUAAAGCACAAACAUUAGAUUAAUUUGUUUUUUUCUUCAAGAUGUAAAAUAGUUUAUAACUUUUUAUAGGUCUGGAUGAGUUCCUUUCAAAAUAAAAGCUGUCUUGUACCACAUAGGCUAAUCUCAAUGCAGCAAAUAUAUUAGUAGGUAGCGAACUAUCUGCAAUUAUUAGGAAUAAGCAAACAACAUUUUUGUUUUGCAACCAGAAAUUCAUAAAUCUAACUAAUUUGAGUUAAAUAAGUACCGAUUCCUUAUUGUAUUUUUCAAUCAUAGCUUCAAAUACUUAUUUUUUCUUAAAUAGCCAUCCCACUUUACUUUUUUUUAUUCUUUAUUUGCAUUUAUACAACAAAUUGUAAAAAACAGGCAUAGAAAUACAUAUAAAGUAGGAGCGGCAAAAGGCAAAAACCCAUAUUAAAGCCUCAAUAAAACCUUAAAAUUAACAUAAAAUACAAUUAUACAAGUUUAUUCAUUCACAAUUAUACACUUUACACAAUCUUAAAUUCCAGUGUGCCUUAAGCACAAAUUCUGGUUGUAUUUAGUGACUUCAAAUAUGUUGCACUGAAUAUAUGCUUUAAAACUUUAAAAACAAAAAAGGAAUAACUAAAGGAUUUUUUUGUUCCUUUUUUUCCUUUUUACUGAUCUGUCUCUCUGAAUUUGUGGCACAAUUUGAACCAUGAGUUUUGUUAUCCGUUGCACGACUACCUCAAAUUUCCGUGUUAAACAGCAUUCAAUAAUCAGUCACAAUGUUUCAGUUUUGGUAAACUAUCAAGCGGAACUUCUUGGAGGAUUAUGGGUACUGUAGUCAAAAGCCUGGUGGAGUGAUACAUACUUUGCUUCAACUGUUUGUGAAUGAUUUGAAAAAAGUUGGACUUUUCUGACUGUUCUGUUUAACUUGGUGAAGCUCUGGUUUAAUAAAACAUUUUAGCAUCUACAUAAACAAUAAAUGCUUUGAACUUUUUAUUAUCUUGUAUCCAUGGGAUGAAUCAUUUGCUUAUAUAAUGAUUUGAACCCACAUAAGAAUGGAAAACACACAUAAAAAUAAUGACUUUCUGAGGUUGCAAAGGCCUAAAAAUAUCACCCACUUGUGCCUACAAUACUACUUUCAUCUUUUGCUGACCAAAAGGAAACACAGUCCCUCAUGACCUGAAUG